UUGGACUUUUACAUAAUCAUCUAAUCCACAACAUGCCACGAAAGUAAUAAAAAGCCGAUGGCCAGCAGGCCAACAACAUAUCCAUCAGUUUCUUUCCUCGGCCGAGAGGGGUAUUUAUAAGUUUCUGCUUCAUAGUUGCAGGGCACAGAUGGCCGCCGAACAUGUACAGUUACCAUCAUUCAGCAGACCGAUAGCCAUUGCUCCAGCGCCCACUGGCGAAAGCAGUUCAACUAGCCAUGGCGCUACUACCAUGUCGCAUGCUUGCCAAAGCUGUGCAAAGCGUAAAGUGAAAUGCGAUAAAAUCGUGCCAACAUGCUCUAGCUGUCGCAGGAGUAAGCUUCAAUGUUCUUAUGAAGAACCACCCCCGCGACAGCGAAAAAGAAAGUUGAGCGGUGACGUCCUCGAAAGACUUGCUCGAUACGAGUGCAUUCUACGCGACCAUGGCUUGCUAGAUGCCAGCACAGCACCUUCUAAACCAGAUAAACCGCGACAAGGGCCAAUCUAUCUUCUCUGGAAUGAACCUGGAAAUGGUAAGCUCUUUUCUGAUCAGGGUAAGUCAAGAUAUACAGACACGAGCCUCUGGCGAAAUCUUGAAAGUGAUGAGAUGUAUCAUUUACCCAAUGACGAAGAGGAAGAGGAAGGAGAGGAUGAUCAAGACGUUAUCGCAACUUCGGUGGAGAACCCAGGAGACCCUUUGACAGGUGCGUUUAUAGGCUUUCGGCAGAACCUCCUUCGAUAUCAUCCAACCCACGCGAAAGCCAUGAUACUAUGGGAGACGCAUAUCGAAAAUGUGGAGCCCCUCUGUAAAAUCCUACACAUACCAUCAACUAGGAAGAUGAUUGAAAUGGUUUCGCAACAACCUGAGACGGCGACGAAAAUUGACGAAUGUCUCCUAUUUGCGAUAUAUCACUUUGCGAUCUUCUCCAUGACAGAAGAGGAAUGUGCCGAGAAAAUAGGGCAGCCUCGUGCCACUUUACUUCAACGAUAUCAUUUCGUGGCGCGUCAGGCCCUUGUGAAUGCAUCAUUCCUCAAGGCCACAGAUAUGUCGAUUCUGCAAGCUCUUGUUCUCUUUCUAAUACCCUGCCGGCACUCUUAUGAUUCGAACACGUACUGGAUCUUGACGGGGGUUGCUGUCCGCUUAGCACAACGUAUGGGACUCCACCGGGACGGGGAGAAGCUUGGAAUGUCACCAUUUGAUGUGCAAAUGAGGCGACGGCUGUUUUAUCAACUCUUGCCGCUUGAGGGUAUUGCAAGCCAAAUGGUAGGCGUUCAGAUAUCGCCUCCACCAGACACUUGGAACACGCAACAGCCCCUUAAUAUCAACGAUGACCAAAUUUGGCCAGGGAUGACCGAGGCGCCAAAGGAGCAGAAAGGCGCAACUGAAAUGCUAUUUUGCCUGUCGCGUUCAUCUAUUGGGAGAUUCUUCGCCAAAGCGGGGAAACCGGCAAACAGCACAGGCCCCUCCCAAUUCAAGGAUCUCAGCGAAGCCGACGAGGUUAUUAGACAGGCCGAAAGUGAAGUCGAAGAGAAAUAUGUUCGCUACUGCGACAUUGUCAACCCGCUACAUACACUGACAAUCGGUAUGGUCAGAGCGGGGAUUGCGGCCUUGCGACUUCGAACUCGGCUCCCUAAGGCUAGAAACAAGACUGCUACCGGCGCAGAGAUGAUUGAACUAUUUCAACUUGCGCGAAAGAUAUUAGAAACCGAUAUAGCAGUUUAUGCCCAUGCAGGCAUAAGAAAAUAUCGGUGGCACGUGAGAUCAUUCUUCUUAUGGGGUACGUGGGAUUCGUUGAUUUUCAUUUUAACCAGCCUAUGGACCAGAAGUGGCUGGCUUUCAAUUGAGGAUACCGACGCCGCUUGGUCUAUAGUGCAGCAACUUUACCAUAACCACGGUGAGCUCCUUGAAUCGAAACGAGCAUUGCAUGCGGCGUUUAGGCGCCUUACGCUCAAUGCUUGGGAUGCCCGACCGCCAAGUACCAGCGCAUCAGAACCAGCCUUCAUCAAGACACUGUGCUCCCAACGGCAAAUAAAAACCCAAGGUGAAACAGAAACCCACAGGAACAACAUCGAUAUUUUCAAUGCGAAAAUGAACACAAUAUCACCACCUGAUUCGUUCCCUAUAGAUGACGUGGGUGAAUUCUUGAAUAAACUUCCUGAAAACAUCGACAUCAACAUCGGUAACGAUUUUGAUAUGAACGCCACAGAUUGGGUAUUUUGGGAUCAAUUGAUUCAAGAUCACCAAACCCAGAACAGCUAGCAGAGGUCAAGCCCGCGUCUUCUUGAAGGGUCAGUGAACGAACAGCCUAUCCAGUAUUCCGUUCCCGAUUACAUUCUUAAUCCGGUGGCGUAUUGAGCGGCGCAACCCGAGGAAUCUCUAUUGGAAUUGCUGGCGAUGUUGCACUGCGGUGCAUUCAGUAGGGCAAAGUGGAAUAUUCCAUUAGAAAACGAGAUGUACAACGGGACGCGCUCCGUUCUCGCUCCAAAAGUAAAUACGACAGAUUUAUAAGUUCGACAAGGCCAAUUUUUCAGGCCAACUUGAAGAUAUUAGUUACUAGUUGCAUGUAUGCUUCUGAAACCAAGACAUCAU